AUGCUCCCUACCGCCCUCGCUGCGCGGAAGACGAUCGACUAUCGCGCAUUCCCAAAAGAGAUCCAGUGUGAGAUCCUCGCGUGGCUCGUCGCGCCGGAUGCCGAGGCACAGGCUCACUAUGGCCUCGGCUCCCUCACCUUAUCGCGCACGCACUACCGCGCGCUGGCGCCGGCCGCGUACCAUACUCUGUAUAUCCGAUCGCUCUCGGCGCUCCACCGAUUGCGCCAUACGCUGGUGCUGCGGCGGCCCGAGCUCGCGGGCUACGUGCGGUGCGUGCACCUCGUCCGGCUGCCCGAGGCUGCGGCCCUCGGCGUGGAGCACCUGUUGCUCGCCCUCCCCAACCUCGACGAGCUUGCGCUCGACGUGCCCUCGUGCGCGGCCGUGUGCCGCAGCACCGCCGACCGCCUCCAAGGGGGGGCCAAGCCCCGGCGCCUGCGCAUCGCCGUGCCGAGCACCGAGGCGGCGAUGGACGUGUCCGGCACCUUGCUCACUUUUGCGAUGCUGGGGCGGAUGCACACGCUGCACGUCGCGGCCGCGCCGCAGGCAGCCGUCACGCUCGUGCAGCGCCUCGGUGCGUGCGGCGCGGCGCUGAAGCACCUGCACCUCGCCCUCGAUGCACCGCCCGAAGACGCGUUGCACGAUGCGCUCGCGCAUCUGCAGGCGCAGCGCACGCUGCACAUCUCGAUCGAGGCAGCAUAG